CGAGCAAAGCAUAAAAAGGAAGUCUCUCUCUCUCUCUCUCCCUCUCCCUCUCCCUCGGACGUGAACUCCACCCGGUCAAAAUCCCAAUUCCAAUUCUCUCCCUCAGUUCCGACUUCCUCCUCCCCUAAAACGACGCCGCUUUGUUCGCUCGGCCGUUUCGUCCAGCUAAUCUAAUGCUCUGAGCCCAUGGCCAUAGCUGACCACAAGUCUUCGUCAUCGUCGUCUGACGGAAAAGUCUGGGGCUUCUUCAAGCGACCGUUUAAACCGUCCGGUAACGCCGCCGCGGCUACGACGUCGUCUUCUUCUUCCAUGUCGCACGGCCAUCCCCAUCCCAACGGCGACGGAUCGGCUCCUCAAGCCUCGAGCUCCGUGUCCUCCGUCGCCCGCUCGCUGCUUCCGACUCGCCGGAGACUGAAGCUCGAUCCCUGCAAUAAGCUCUACUUUCCUUGUGAGCCUGGGAAGCAGGUAAGGAGUGCAAUUAGGAUAAAAAACACAAGCAAGUCCCACGUAGCGUUCAAGUUUCAAACGACUGCACCGAAAAGUUGUUUCAUGCGUCCUCCUGGUGCUAUUCUUAGUCCUGGCGAGAGUAUCAUAGCAACAGUGUUCAAGUUUGUGGAGGUUCCGGAAAACAAUGAAAAACUAGUGGAUCAAAAGAGCAGAGUUAAAUUUAAAAUAAUGAGCCUCAAGGUGAAGGGGCCAAUGGACUAUGUACCUGAGCUGUUCGAUGAGCAAAAGGAACAAGUAGCUAUAGAACAGAUACUACGGGUUGUCUUUCUGGAUCCAGAGCGUUCCACCCCUGCUAUGGAAAAAUUGAAGCGCCAGUUGGCUGAUGCUGAUGCCGCGGUUGAGGCACGCAAGAAACCCCCAGAGGAUACUGGUCCAAAGAUUAUAGGAGAAGGUCUCGUCAUUGAUGAAUGGAAGGAGAGGAGGGAAAGAUAUCUAGCUCGGCAGCAGGUUGAAGGGUUGGAGUCUGCCUGAACUGGUGUUUCAUUUAUACUGGUCGGUUGAACUGAAAAUCAAUAGUGUUUUUCAUUGUAUCAUGUUGCAUUAGUACCCUCGUAUUCCUGUAAUCUGAAGGUGGUUGUUGUAUUAAAAAACGGAUGAGGACAACUAAUAUAUUUGAAUGUAAAAAUGAAAAAGAAAAAAAAAAUCGAAGUGUAGAGUCUAUUCGAAGUGUAGAGUCUCCUGUAAGUAGAGUACUCUGAAGUUCUGAAGUUUGCUAGUUUCAGCUGUAUGUAGAUAAUGCGAUUUUGUUUGUCCAGAGGAAUAAAACUGGUCUUUUGGCAAGUGUUUCGCUAUAGUAUCAAACUGAUCUCUUCCUAUUGAGCAAUAUAUCUGUGGCUCAUUGCUUGGAA